CUCCCGUCACUCGCAGCCACAAAGUCUCCGCCGGCUGCGGAGCCCGAUCUGUUCUGGGGAGCCUCAAGGGGGAGGCAGGCAGGGCUCUAGCACCUUCGUUGGGAAUCUUCAAAGCUCGGCCCUGUCUUUGCUCAGGGAGAGAGGCAGCUGCCGCGGGCUUUAUCAGCGUCCCUACUCUUGUUGUAUCCCAAGCGAAGGGAAAGAAAGACUUUGUGGCACUUGAAAACCCUGCGAAAAAUCGCCGUUAGAGAUUUUCAGUCCUGCCUGGAUAGCUGAUUUCGUUUAAAAAAAAAUCCGCUUUCAUUAACUCCUCGUUGUGGCGAAAAAAAUAGAAAGUGCCUUCGAAGAUCAAAAUGACAGUGAGAUAGAAAUGGAGACAGAAAAUAUAAGAAGCAAAAUUAUGGAGAAAGAAACUACUGAACAGAGAAAGGAACGAGAAAAAAAAAAAAGAUCCAGAGUUAAACAAGUCCUUUCAGAUAUAGCAAAACAAGUUGACUUCUGGUUUGGUGAUGUUAAUCUUCACAAAGACAGAUUUCUCAGAGAACAAAUAGAAAAAUCUAGAGAUGGAUAUGUUGACAUAUCACUUCUGAUUUCUUUCAACAAAAUGAAAAAAUUAACCACUGACAGAAAAUUGAUAGCACGAGCAGUUAAAGAUUCAUCUGUUGUAGAAUUGGAUUUAGAAGGAAUCAGGAUCAGAAGGCGGCAACCUUUGGGUGAUCAGCCAAAAGAUGUGGAUAGUCGUACUGUAUAUGUGGAAUUGCUUCCUAAAAAUGUCAAUCACAGUUGGAUUGAACGAGUAUUUGGAAAAUGUGGCAAUGUAGUUUAUGUCAGCAUUCCUCGCUAUAAGACCUCCAAAGACCCUAAAGGAUUUGCAUUUGUGGAAUUUGAAACAAAAGAACAAGCUGAAAAAGCUAUAGAAUACUUGAAUAACCCACCAGAAGAUGCACCAAGAAAACCUGGUAUGUUUCCCAAAACAGUAAAAAACAAAGUUGUUCCUGCAUUAACUACAAGUGAUUCUACCGUAGUUGAAGAAAAAAAGAAGAAGAAAAAGAAAAAAUCUAAAACAAAGAAGGAAAACGGCCAAUCAAAUACUGGAGCAAAAGAUGUAUACAUGGCCAGUUCUACAGAAUGCACCAAAAGUCAUUGGACAAUAUCAGAGAGUUCUGAAACAGAAUUAUCAGAAAUCCAACGACACUCUUCAAAGAAAGAAAAGAAGAAACUUGAUAAAACACAAAGCUUGGGUCUAGGAGAAACUAGAUCAGGAAAGAGGAAACGGAAUCGCUCUGAUGAUGGAGAGAUAUCAGUUGUAAAAGAGAAGAAAAUUUCUCAGAAAGAUAAUGUUCACUCUGCAAAGGAGCAAUCAGCAGGGCUGGAGGAUUCCAAAGAAAUUUCUACUGAAGAAGAGAGAGAAAUUGGUGAUAAGAAAGAAACCUCUCUUUCAAAGGCUAAAAGAAAACACAAGAAGAAACAUAAAGAGAGACAUAAGAUGGGAGAAGAAGUUAUUCCACUGAGAGUUCUCUCAAAGAAUGAAUGGAUGCAUCUGAAACAAGAGUAUUUGACCCUACAGAAAGCCAGCAUGUCAUCCCUGAAAAAAGCAAUGACCAAAGCAAACGCUGUGCCCCUUGGAACAAUGGAAAGAGAUGUCUGCACGGCAGAUGCCUCUGAAACAAGAAAUGGCAAAUGUAUCGGCAAGAAUGAUUUAGCUCCUGCUGAGAAAAUUCAUCCAAUGGGACCCCAGUUUGAGAGUGGAGUGAUUGUGAAAAUCCUUGGUACUGAUCCACUGCCAGGCAGGAAGCACAUCAAGGACAUGCUAACAACACUCGCUGAUGUUGCUUAUGUUGAUCUGCUGGAAGGAGAUACAGAAUGUCAUGUACGGGUUAAAACACCUGGAGAUGCACAGCUUUUAAUAAACUCACAUAAAGAUCUGCAGGCAAAGAACAAUUGGAAACUUGAGAUCCUUACAGGUGAUCACGAACAAAGAUACUGGCAGAAGAUCUUGGUGGACCGACUAGCUAAACUGAAUCAACCUAGAGAAAAGAAGCGGGGCACAGAAAAACUAAUAGCAAAAGCUGAAAAAAUGAGACUGGCAAAGACUCAAGAGAUAAGCAAGCAUAUACGUUUCUCUGAGGAUGAGUAAAUUUAUGUCUUGCAUGAAAUGCUUAUAAAGAGAGGAAACAAACUUAUGAUAAAGUAUCUCAUUGUUUCAUAAUGCAAACAGACAAAUUAGAUUGUGCUGAAUUUGAUAGAAUGGAAUACUACUUGAGUCUGUUUGGAAGGAUUACAUUGAACAAGUGUAUGUGUGUAUGUUUGCACAAAUAUUUUGUAUAAGCUGUUGUAAGAAUGAAAUAAAAAACUUGAAAUACUUGUUUCUUAAAAUAAAUGGGAAUGAGACAUCCUAAAAUUCAUUCUAAAGGUCUGCUUAAAAUGGAAAGUUGUCUUGCUUUCUGAUGAGGGGGAAGAUAAGAAAUUAGCGACAUAGGUUUCCCUGUGUACUCCAUUAAAAAGACUUAAACUGUAAAUGGAAUCAAAAUUAAAUUGUACAUCAUCAAUUUUAUUAUAUUUUCAGUAUCAGAGUUCCUUGCCAUAGAUUAAGGAACAUGAGUUUAACACCAUAUUUUCUGUUUGUAACCCAAAUAAUUCUUUACUAUUGGUAUACAAUAAAGGAACCCGUGAAGCUUUAUUUCAUAGUAAGCAAAGAAUAUUUAGUAAUGCUUAUGGCCCAAGUCAGCUCUCACAAAUUUUCCGCUAGUCCUCUAGAGCAACUGCGUUCAAUCACAAGAAAUAUACAAAAGAAAAUUAGCAUAAAACAGCAUUCUAUUUUCUUUCUUGUGGACAAGAAGGGAAAUCUUUUUUUUUCCAGCUCCAUAGAUGUAUACCUUUACUUUUCCAGUGGUACAUCCAUGUACUCAUAUGCUACCUAUGACAGGAUAGUUACGAAUGAUGUAAUCAGCAUUAUUUCUCAUGACCUUUGGGAGAUAUUUUCAAGCAUACUUGAACCAGAUUGGUAUUUUGCCAUAUUGCAAAGUACCAUCUUCCUGGACUCGGUCCGGAUGGCUUGGAUUCCACCUUUCUUAUCUGUAAACUGGAUUAAGUAUUUAGAGUAUGUUUAUUUCUAUAUACGUCUCCAUCUCCUUUUAACAUAUACUAUUCUUUUUAGGUCUAUAGCUAGCCUACUGGAAGACAAAAUGAAAGAUUAAUUGAAGUUUUUAAUCUGAUCCAAUAAAACUUUUUUUAUGACCAAUUUUUAGUAUAAUGGCAACUGGUUAUGGUAUGUGGAAAAUAAUGUGUCUCCUUCCUCUUGUAGCCAAUUCCAUUCUUCUACUUAUUUAAAAUAUAGUUUUUUAAAAAUUGA